AUGAGUGAAGCCUUGAAUACGAAUCCAUGUAUUAAUUCUGAAGCUCAUAAGGCACUUCAGUAUCUUCAUCGACGCUCAACAGAGGACGAAGAUUAUGACGACGAUGAAGGAGAUGAAGUUGAAAUCGAAGUCGAAGGAAUAACUGGAUUUGAAGAUGAUGGUGAAGAUGAAGAAAUACAACGAAUUGUUAAAACAAAAAGCGAUAGUGCUCUCACCUCACAACACUUCGCUGAUCAACUAAACCAUCCCAUAUGUUCACCAAAGCCCACAUUGUCAUUAAAUUCUCGUCCAUUCUCUACUAGUGUUGGUCAUGGUGCUCAAUGUAUACUUAGAACUCCUGUUGCUUCUCCCGUGAAACAUGAUGAUCGUAAAGUUACUCAGAAUACGGAUAUAUACGUUACUCAAAUGUACUAUGGCGAACAUUCUGCAACUAGUACGAGCACACACUCAAAACAAUCGGCGGGUCCUAUCCGAAAAUCAAACGUGCAUUCUCAGUCUUUCAACUCAAAUCAGCCUUUUGAUGAAAGAAUUGACUUUUCUUUCAAAGUGCGUUCGACAAGAGUCAUUUUUGUUAACAAUGACGGUUACCGACGUGCUUGUGAAUUAUUCCGUUCUCGUAAAAUUGUAUAUGAACCCACUCGCAACUACCCCGAUAUUUGGUCGUUUUGUUUAAAUUCACGAACUCUACGAUUCUAUCGUUUAUCUGACUAUGAGCCAAUCAAAGCUGAUCUUUCACAAGAAUUUCAAAUCCCGCAAACACAUCUAUGCCCAUACAGCCUAUUAGCCGAAAAGGAACCAUACUGGUUCCAAUUUGAAAAACGACCAGACUUUGAAGACAUGUUGUUUAAUAAUAACGUUGACGCCGAAUUAGUCGAUCCGACCCCAAUUACAAACAACACAAUACUGGGUAAAAUCUUAUUCUGUCGUGAGGUUCAUCUGAAUCUGUCUUACGGUGCACUGACAUCAAUGAACGAUUAUUAUUAUCAUCCGGAAUAUAAUUUUCAAAAGUCAAACGAAUGGAAAUUAACUUUUCGAUUAAAAAAGUUCGAAAUUGAUCGAUUAGAGGAGAAGAAAGUCAUCGAUGGCAAUCGGUAUACAAAAAAGUACAGAAGAUCCGUCAUACCAGCUGAUUUAAUCGAUCGGACAGCAAUCAUUACCGUUAAUCAACUAGGCUUUACUGUUUAUAUUUGUAUCAAAGGAAAUGUUCAUGAAUUCACUGGAGUAUCUCAUCCAAACAGUCAUUGCCUGGAAACCGAACGUUCUUCAUCGUUCAACGAAGAUUGUCCGAUAUUUUCCACAGUAUGUAUACACGCGUUCGUAAAGAACAAUCAAUCGCAUGCGAGCAAUUAUUAUGAAAAAUAUCGUGCGCUUGGACAGGUGAAAGAAUUGUUUAAAUAUUUCCUGGAUUUUUUUUAUGCCAACCAAAUUUCGGUCUGUUUUGCAUCCAUUAAACAUCAUCGCGGAUGUUUAACUAAUCUCCCUCAUUUGUCUGAUCAACUUACUGAUCCUAUUCAACUUUAUGCAUUUUCAAUGUUGAGAAACGUUGGUUACCGUACAGAACAGAAACUAUAUGAUCUGCGAACUCUACAAACUUCAUUACUUAACUUAGUUGGCAAUGACAAUGAUAAAUUUUAUCGUUUAUGCCUUUAUUUAUUCCGAAGAGCUACAGAAUUCCAUUUCUUGGAUCUUGAAUAUGAAUUGAAACAAGCAGAUAAUGAGUAUCGAAAGCAAUUAGAACAGUGUCAAGCGGUCAAUGAGACCAUGGCUACAAUUCUAUCGCCACCCAGAACAAAUUAUGCAUAUGUACCGUCUAUACGAAUAACGCCAACGACAAUUCAGAUUCAUCCGUUCAAACUUGUAAAACUUCAUCGUGUCAUUCGAGACAUGAACUUCAAGGAUCCAAUGAGUUAUGCUUUGGUUGAAAUACGAGACGAAGCCAAGCGAGCACUAUACGCACGAGAUUUUCGUUCGUUACGAGACAGGUUCGGACGUAUUUUAACCGAAGGCAUCCGAGUGAAUAAAUCAAGAUACCAGUAUCUUCACCAUUCUAUGUCACAAAUCAAAGAAAAGCAAUUUUGGUUUUUGGACAAGCACUAUUCCUUGGCUGAUGUCUUAGUAUGGAUGGGAGAUUUCAAUAGCGAAAAUGUUAUUGCCAAACAUGCUGCCCGAAUAGCGCUGUGUUUUACGUCAACUGAUCCAUCAAUUCGAAUUCCUGCUGAGCUGGUCACGUACAUUCCUGACAUUGAAACACAUGAUAAGCAGUAUUGUUUUACAGAUGGAGUUGGCACUAUAUCACAAACACUGUGUAAAGAGGUACAAAAAGCUAUGGGUCGACGCUUCAUGCCUAGUGUUCUGCAAAUUCGAUAUGGUGGCUGCAAAGGGACGCUUUCUGUCGAUCCUACUCUAGAUGACAAGCGCUAUCAGCUUGUUAUCCGGGAAUCGAUGCGAAAAUUUACUAGUGAACACGAUCAACUGGAAAUUUGCAAAGUCUCAUCGCCGCGUGCACUUCAUCUUAACAGACAAAAUAUUCUUCUUCUAUCAAGUCGGAACAUAUCCGAUUCGUAUUUUCUGGUUUUACAAAACGAAAAUCAUCUUUGGCUCGUCCAGGCUCUACUUUGCUCAUCGAUUGCAUUUGAAUUACUGAACGAGCGUGUUGACUCGUCGUAUUUCAAUUUUCGUGAUAUAGCCAAUGCGAUCAACCUGGUUGAAGAACCGUUUUUCCUUCAACUGAUUAUCACCUGUGGUCAUGAUUGCGUAUCGAAAUUUCAACAACGAGCGAAAAUCAAAGUUGCAAAAGACAAAGCAAGAAACAUGUUUGGUAUAGUGGAUGAGUAUGGCGUUCUAGAAUACGGACAAGUGUUUAUACAAUACAGUCAUAUCAAUGAUGAAAAAUUAGAGUCAUCCGAUAAGCCAGCGGUUGUUCCGCCAAAAGUUUUAGAUAAUGUUCAAGUAGUGAUAACGAAAAAUCCAUGUCAUCAUCCAGGAGACUUACGAACAUUCACAGCGGUCGAUCGAAGAGAAUUAAGGCAUCUUGUUGAUGUUGUAGUCUUUCCACAGAAAGGUCGUCGACCGCAUCCCAAUGAAAUAUCAGGCAGUGAUCUCGAUGGUGAUGAGUAUGCAGUCAUUUGGGAUCCAGAUUUGGUUCCGAAAACGGAAAAUGAUGUACCAUAUGAUUAUGAUUCUCAGGAAAAGCCAAAAAAAUUUGGCCAACAUAUCGAGCGAACAGAUAUUAUUAACGUUGUUCUUGACAUAGCUGCACAGAAUUUAACCGGUGAUAUGUCGAAUACACAUUUGGCAUUAGCAGAUAAAUUAGAUCCACGUCAUCCUAAAGUAUCGAAAUUAGCUGGAUUGAUUUCACAAGAACUUGAUGCGCCAAAAACCGGCAAGCAUCCAAUAAGUAGCGAAGAAUUAAAUGCCAUUCGAAAUGAAUUACUUCAAGGCCUUUUCCCCGAUUUUAUGAUGAAAGAACGUUAUAAAUCGUAUUCAUCUGAGAAAACAAUUGGUCAAUUGUAUCGCUCGGCUCGUCGUGCUAUUAUUCGUUGGUACAAAGCCACUCGGACACAUUGUAGUCUGCGUCAUUUACAUUCCGCACAAUUGGAUGACGAACUGUAUCACGAAAAUCAUCCUCCUAUAUCGAAUGGACAUUCAUAUCAAGAUUCUUCUAGCAGUGAAGUAUACUAUGAACCAUCAUUGAUUCCCGAUCCUCUCAUUCAUCAUCCGCUGUCUUACAAGGAGAAAAAGUUCGCUACGACUCUUUUUUCACAGUAUCGUGAAGGCUUGCGUAACAUCAUAAGUGUAUUUAAUUACCAAGAUGAAAUCGAUUUGUUUUGUCGAUGUGAGCCACUCGAUCAAUUAGCAUCAGGAAAACAAGAUUUAAACAUAUCAGCUGCUCUUGAAUUACAACGAUUAAUCGAUACAACUCGCCGACAUUUUUAUCGUAGUUUCGAUCAAUUAGCCGACGAUCCGAAUUCUCAGCCGCCUCAUUGCGGGCCAUGCACGCGCGAUCACUCGUGUGAAAAAUGCAAAGAAGUCAAAUUAGCCAGAGCAGCUGCUUGUUACAACGUUUGCUACACGACUGCUGCUCGGCAAUCAACGAAAGCUCGCUCUCGCAUAUUAAGCUUUCCUUGGCUAUUCAGUUCGUUUCUUAUUGAACUGAGAAAAGAGAAUAAAAAAUCAAACAAUUCUCCAUCGAAGCAUAUCGUCAUUGGCCGUGCCAUGCGUAAUGUUGCUAAACGAUUAUUGGAAGAAAACGAUUUGAAAUUGAAAGUCUAUAUUGCACCGUAUGCCGAAGAAGGUCAUCUUUUUCUUCGUACCAUCAAAUCAACUAGCAGAAAAACGAUCAAACCACUCAACGUGGAGCCUGAUAUACAAACAAGUACCAUGUGUUUAAUCAAGAUUUUAUUUAUCGAAAUUAUGAACCAUUGGAUACAACGACAGAAGAUUUUCGGUGAUCCUUCAUCGAUAUGUCGAGACAAAAAGCCGAUGAUUAGAGAAAUUUGCUGGCAUCAAUUACUCCAAUGCUUCAUUCGAAAAGAAGAUGAUUUAGACCUCAUCGAUCCUUUCGAAGAACACAAAAUUGUCUUUCAAACAAACCAUCAUCAUAUUCAAAUGACCGAACGUUAUACAAAGUUCAUUCAAAAUCAAACAUCGAUUCACUCAUCAAAAUUCGAUACUGCUAUGUAUGAGUAUUCCGUAACUCUGAUACGCGUCUGUUUCCAACUUGCACGACAAUGCCGAUCGAAUGAAUAUGCAUAUCUAAGCGAUUAUCUUGUCCUAGCUUUACAGUCGGUUGGAAUCGAGAAAGAUUUCAAUGAUAUUAUCUUUGAUCUUGAUAACUAG